AUGGAGGACGUCAAGAAUGUGGAAGGAGUGGCCAUUGAUUGGAUCGGUCGUAAGUUGUAUUGGACGACUUAUAAAUCCGAGACGAUUGAGGUCGCGACGCUUGAUGGGAAGUACAGGAAGGUUUUGAUUAACGCAGGACUGGAGUACCCCCGGGGAAUGGCAGUCGAUCCUAUUGCAGGGUAUGUGGUUUGAUGUAGCUUUGUCUAUCAACCCCCUCCUCUCUACUAUGCCCUCUCUCUCUCUCUCUCUCUCUCUCUCUCUCUCUCUCUCUCUCUCUCUCUCUCUCUCUCUCUCUCUCUCUCUCUCUGAUAAACCCAUCCCCCGCUUCUCUCGUAAGCCCCCUCCUCCCUAUCAAGCUUACAUACUUAGGCCCCGUUUACAUGAGAGCGGAACGAAGUCAAACCGGGAUCAUUUCGUUUCGGUCAUAGUAUUAUUUAUAACAGAUGUUUACAUGAGAGCGGGACACAAAUAACUCGGACCGCUCUCAAGUCAUUCCGCCUGCUGGAAACCGAACCGACUGACUUCAGACCGGCAUGAAUUCAGACUGGGAUGAAUGUAAACACAAAUACAUUUCAGACCGGUCUCGGCUGUAACCUCGACAUUGGAACAACACAUGCUAACAAAAGCCGUCUGAAACAGAAAAUUGCCUGGCAAGGGGAAUAAAUUGAAAAUUUUGUGAUUUUCGUACCGGUCUCGUGUAAACAUGUUCACAAUUUUAAUUUUCAUUUCGGUUUGACUUCGUCCCCGUCUCAUGUAAACGGGGCCUUAGCCUACACUAUUUUAUCUUUACAACAAUUGAGAUGUUACUUUCUUAACUGUGCCUAACCCGCCCCGUCGACUUUCCCUGCGCGAGGAGACCGGAGCACCCGGAGAAAACCCACGACUUUCGGCAGAGCGUUGACAGACUCUUUUCACAUUAGCCCGCGUGCAGGCCCAAGGGAACUGAUAUCAGUUCCCACUCACUGAACUAUAUAACAUGGAAGGCUGACUCGAGCUGAAAAAGUGAAGCCAAACAUGGCGGAAAUUGAAGGCAUUCUUGCGCGUCAUUCUCAGUCCCCUUACGUACGCGGUCAACUAAACUUUUAUAUUUUUCCUUAUUUUCCGAGUAAAAACCUGAUAAAAACAGACGAAAUUUCAAUGAAAAGUUGAAUUCUGGUGUUUUGUUUGGGUUCGGUUCUAAAGUUUAAUUAUUAUUUAUUUAAAAGAUGCGAUAUUUGAGUGGAAAGAAAGCAAAAUAGCGCGGGAUUGUUGUUUUUGUAAAUGACAAAGAGUGACAAAACAAAACACAAAUGUCACUCAAUCUUUCAAAAUAUCUGUAUUGCCCCUAUUGACAAGGGUUUCACACACAUAAAUAACUCAUUAAAAUAAACAGUUUAAGUUUAUAAAGCAAUCAUCAAAGUGAUUUUAUUAAAUAGAAAAUAAAAAAACAAAAUUUUCUUACAUGUAUGAAAUUAAAUUGGUUAAAAACUGCCUCGAAAACUGCAGUUAAAAAGCAGUUUUAGGUCUGGAAAACGGACUAAAAUAAGCUAAAUAAUGGUGUGAAAACUGAAAAGCACCAUAAAAACAGGAAAGUGAAACAACAAAAGCAAAAAUAAAUUCCCAAUUUAUAAAAAUACAGAUUUAUUAAAAAAAAACAAAAAAAGUUUGAAAUUAGUUGUUGAAUUCGCAAUGAAAAAUACAGAUUUACUCACACACACAGUGGGAAAUGCAGUAGACAGAUCGAUUAGAUGAAGGAAAUCAGGUUUACAUGAAAUAAAUGAAGUUUAUUUCGCUUUUUGCUCUUUUAAAAUGAAGAAAAACCGAACCCGAGAGUCGCGGAACCAUCACUUCCCGCCAUGAAAAAUUGAAAAUAAAAAAAAAUGUUUGGCCGCGCGGGUAAGGAGACUGAGAAUGACGCGCAAUUCGAAUGCCUUCAAAAUCCCCCAUCUUUGGCUUCACUUUUUGAUUACGUCACUGACUGAAGUCAGCCUUCCAUGUAUAUAGUUCACUGUUCCCACUAUCAGGUCCCUUGGGCCUGCACGCGGGCUAUUUCACAUGAGUCCGUAGCGAGAAUCAAACUCACGAACUCAGAGGUGAAAGACGCUUACUCUGACGACUGCGCCAACGAAGCCACCGAAGUAUAACUUAGUUCAUCUAUUUUUCUUCCUAGCUACCUCUUCUGGUCGGACUGGGGAGUCACAGCAGCUAUCGAACGAUGCUCCCUAGACGGCACUAACCGAGUACCAUUGGUCAAAGAUAACAUCACGUGGCCUAAUGGGGUUACCCUUGAUACCAUCCAGAAGCUAGUUUACUGGAUUGACGCAAACCAUGAUACCAUUAACUCUGUAGAUUACGAUGGUAAUCAAAGAAAACUGAUCUUUGAGGACACCUCCCUAGCUCUAUCACAGUUUCAUGGGUUUGAUUUGGACAUUACUGGAGAUUCCGUAUAUUUUACGGACUGGCUGCAAAACGCUAUGGUUGAAGUGAAAAUAAGCUCUGGUGUCGUAGUUCGGAAUAUUUCCAUACCAACAACAAAUGCUAUCAAGGGAGCUAUGGGACUUCGAGUCGUUGACAGUUCAAAACAACAAUCUGGUUAGUAUAUCUUUGCGUAGGUCGAUGGCUUAGGUGAGGGUCUUAAUGGGGGUCUAUGGGUGUCAGUUGUCAGCUAAAAUUUAAGCCAGUUGUCAGUGCGAUAUAUUGCAAGCUGUCAGUAGUCAGUUACUGCAAAAAAGCUGACUCAUGGUUUUGUCAUUAUUUCUCAGUUGUCAGUUAGGACAUUUUGUCAGUUGUCAAUCAAAAAUUCGGGCAAAUGUCUGUAGUCAGUUAACCCCAUUCAGACCCUCUUAGGUCUUUGGACACCAGUAAAGAUUGUUAUGGAGAAAGAUUGUUUUCUAGCCAUGUUUCUAGAAUGCGGACAAACUAGGAAACAAUGUUUCUCGAAGGUGGCCAAAACAGGAAACAUUGUUACCUAGCUAUGUUUCCUGAAGGUGGACAGACCAGGAAACAUGUUUCCUAGCCAUAUCUCCCGAAGGUGGACAAACCAGGAAACAUUGUUACCUAACCAUGUUUCCCGAAGGUGGGCAAACCAGGAAAAAUUGUUACCUAGCUAUGUUUCCUGAAGGUGGACAGACCAGGAAACAUGUUUCCUAGCCGUGUUUCCUGAAGGUGGACAAACCAGGAAACAUUGUUUCUUAGCCAUGUCUCCCGAAGGUGGACAUAAGACGCGACUUAAAUAAGCGGAGUUAUCGCAUAAAUGGUUCUCUACGGCUUUGGUCUUAUUUAUUUGCUAUAGCUAUAAUGUUGUUUUGUUUUUGUUUUUUUUAAUAUGCAAGGCUAAUAAUUUUACGUUGUUUCAAGUUUCUGGCAUGUGUAGUUAGACUUUUUGUCCAAAAUUUCUUAUUUAAGACGCGACUUAGAUAAGAACAGCUAAAAGGCCUGUUCUUAUGUAAGACGCGUCUUAUCCAAGACGCGUCUUACAUAAGAAUUUUGUACCUUUUAUACGACAAACUCGCGUCUUAUCUAAGUCGCGUCUUAUGUAAGUCGCGUCUUAUUUUGUUCCGUAUAAAUGGCCCUAUUGUUUCUUAGCCAUGACUCCCGAAGGUGGGCAAACCAGCAAACAUUGUUGCCUAGCUAUGUUUCCUGAAGGUGGACAAACCAGGAAACAUUGUUUCUUAGCCAUGUCUCCCGAAGGUGGGCAAACCAGCAAACAUUGUUGCCUAGCUAUGUUUCCUGAAGGUGGACAAACCAGGAAACAUUGUUUCUUAGCCAUGUCUCCCGAAGGUGAAGAAACCAGGGUAUUGUUGAGAUAUUUCAUUUCUUUAACAAAGCAAUGCAAUCAAGCAAAUAAUCUUAAAAUUGUUUUAUAUUAUUCAAGGUACCAGCAAUUGUGGCAGUAAUAAUGCUGGCUGUGAGCAGUUAUGUUUUCAUAAGGUACCAACUGGCACCUCCUGCGCAUGUCAGCUUGGCUUGAAACUGGCGAAUGAUAACAAAUCAUGUGAGGACGCUUUUACAGAUGGUAAGGGUAUUUUAGGCUGCGUCCUGACUGGGUGCCCGGCACUGGUGCCCGUCACUUGUUUUGGCGCCUAAUUUAAACAUGCUUCCAAAUGAAAUUGGGCACAGUGCCCAAGAAAGGGCACUACUUCUAGAGGUAGUACUCAACAACGGCACUGUGCUCAACAUGUUUUGGGAACCAUUUUGAACGUUGGGCACCAGUACCGGGCACUCAGUCUGAACGCAGGGAUAAUUCAGGGUCUGAUAGGGAUGAUCUAGGUCUUGUAGAGAUGAUUUAAUUAAAAUUACGAGGAGAUGGUAAUGUCGAAACAUUUGCAAAAAUAUUUGUUCUGACUGACGAAGGCAGAAAAACGAAGAUGGGAUAUAGUUUAAUGUGUUGCUGUUUUGUCUGGGUCAGGGUGGGGAUUAAGGUCAGCAUCCAUAAACAGCGACACAUGAUACUAUAACGGGACGACACGUUGAGCAACCAUCAGUGACCUGUCCUUGACCAAGUCAGAAGCACGCUUAACUCAAGGGUAACGAAGUGUUGAGAAUAAAUGAGAUUGGAAGGGCCAGGACAUACAAGUAUUCCUUUAACACCCAGUUAGGUAAUUUGUCGGGUCCACUUGCCCUAUUCGUUGGAAGUUUUGAUAAAACUUUUUGCACCCUUAUUUUGGAUACAUUUUGGGAAGAUUGACAUUUCUUCCAACGGAAAAUUUGGUUAAGGAGAAGCGCGAUAACCGUAAUUUCCUUGACUUUAUCAGAAUUUAUAAUGUUUGCGGACGCUGAUGCGGGCAAAAUCUACCAGAUGCAACUGGACAGCAUGAACGUGAGACCUAUUGCGCUUCCAUUUGACAAAAAUACCAACAUUAGCCGUCCUGUGGCACUGGAAUAUGACAGAGUCGAGGAUCGCGUAUACUGGACUGACGUCACGCUCAGAAUAAUCUGCCGAGCUUUCAGAAAUGGGACAGGUUUCGAAGUGCUUUUCGAUGAUAUUGGCGUCGCGGAUGGUUUAACUAUAGAUCUUGCGGGUCGGCUAUUAUACUGGACGAGCACAACCACCAAUGCUGUUGAAACUUCGAAGCUGGAUGGGUCGCUGAGAAGAACUCUGUUUAAAUGGUUUUUGGACGAACCACGAGAUAUUAUUGUGGACCCGAUUGAUGGGUAG